AUGGGUUCAAAAAUCCAAGACGCUCGUCCGUCAGUAACGCUUACACAAGGAACUGUGGUCGGCACGACCCUGACAGAAAGUCUCCCCCGGCCGGUUGAAGCGUUCAAAGGCAUCCCGUAUGCUCUCCCGCCGACAGGAGAUCGCAGGUUCCGUGCGCCGGUGAAAGUCGAACCCUCAACCAAGACCAUUGACGCCUCGAAUUGGGGUCCCGUCGCGCCCGGCAAGCAGCUCUUCCCCGGCGGCCCGUCGUUCGAGUACAGCGAGGACUGCUUAACGGCCAACGUCUUCCGGCCUCAGACCUCAUCGCCUAAAGAUGAGACUAAAAAGUCACUACUGCCCGUCGCCGUGUACAUCCACGGCGGCGCAUUCAACAGAGGCACGGCGAUGAUGCACAACACGGCUUCGUUCCUGGCAAACUCGGGACAGGAGCUCGUUGCCGUCUCAUUCAACUACCGCAUCGGGGCAUUGGGUUUCCUCCCGUCCACCAUGAGCUUCGAAGAGGGCGCGGUCAACCUGGGCUUGAAGGACCAGCUCCUCCUGCUGGAGUGGGUGCGCGACAACAUCUCGGCCUUUGGCGGCGACCCCAACAACGUUACCCUCUUCGGCAUCUCUGCCGGAGGACACUCUAUCGGCCACAUCCUGCUGCACGACGAGGGCCAAUACAACCCGCCCCUCUUCCACAAGGUCAUCCUCGAGUCUGGUGCCCCGACAUCCCGCGCCGUCCGCCCCUACAGCGCCCCGGUCCACGAGGCCCAGUUCGCAGACUUCCUCGCCGAGACGGGCUGCCCGCCCGGCCUCUCCGCCGCCGAGACCUUUGCCCACCUCCGCAGCGCGCCCACCGAGGUCGUGCAAAAGGCCCAGAUCACCGUCUUUGACAAAUACAACCCCUCCCUGCGGUGGGCCUUCCAGCCCGUCAUCGACGGCGACAUCAUCCCGCGGCCACCGAUGGAGUCCUGGCGGCUGGACAAGUGGCGCAAGGUGCCCAUCAUGACGGGUUUCAACCGCAACGAGGGCUCCAUCUACAUCAACAAAAAGGUGUCCAAGUCCGACGAGUUUACAAAGUUUUUCGCCGACCUGCUGCCGCUGCUGUCCAAGGAGGACGUCGAGACCAUCGACAGGCUCUACCCAGACCCCCUGACCGUCGCGGACUCGCCCUACAAAGAACAGCUCGACGGCACGGGCCCGCAGUACCGCCGCCUCGAGGUCGCCUAUGGACAGUACGCGUACGUCGCGCCCGUCCGGCAGACCGCCGAGCUCGCGUCAAAGUCGUCGCCCGAGCCGGUCUACCUGUACCAGUGGGGGCUGGAGAGCUCGCUCCUCGACCGGGCGCGGCACGGCGAGAACAUGUACUACGAGGCGUGUGAGCCGGCCAAGACCAAGAUCUCGCCCGCGCAGAAGGAGCUGUGCCUGACGCUAAAUGCGUACAUUACCAGCUUCAUCCUGACCGGCGACCCCAACGCCGUCCGGGGCGAGAGCAGCCCGAACAGGCCGGCGUGGGACAAGUACGUGGCGGAGGACCCCAAGGCAUUGGUUUUUGGCGAGGAGAACAAGGAGCUUAUCGGCGGCGAGCCGGGGGUCCCGGCGAGGUUGCAUCCCGACACGUGGGCGAGGAAGGAAUCCGAGUUUUGGUGGAGCAAGGUCGAUCUGUCACAGCAGUAG